AUGUCUUCACCACUCAAAUCAAACAAGGCUUUGGCGGUCGCUGACAUGUCUUUGCACCAUGCAAUCUACUGGAUUAGACUCUGUGAAGCAGAUGGAAGCAUGUCUGCUGCCCUUCAGCAGCAUGGCAGAAAUGCCUUGGUCAUCUUGCCAUUGCUGCUGUCUGCAGCAGCCAAGGUCAGAUUGACCAUGAACCAAGGCAUUGCCCCACAGUGGGCCCGGGUGUGGGAUAACGAUCCUCACAUGGAGUCCCACCUAUUCUUCCCAAAGACUGUUGGAUAUGGAGGCACACCCACACCUGCACCUCAAGUCACCCCAUCCACAGCCCCUGCACCAAUGCCCUCAUCCAAAGCCUUCCUCUCUGACACUGAGGAUGAGGACAGGCAGCCAGGAGGCAACAUUGUGGUUGCAACACUGGCCAGUCCGCUGAAGUCCAAGCCUGCAGCAGACAAUAAGAUUGUUGUCAAUGACCCUCAAGCCAUCACAUCUGCGGAUGACUUCUCCACCUAUCAUUGGGUAGAGCCCAACUCCAAUGACUUCGUCAUUCUGACACCAACUCCUGUGGCUGGAGAUGUUUCCCUUCCUUCAGCAUCUCUCCCACUGACCAUCAGCACCAUCCACAAAUGUGUGGUUUCCCUGGCUCCUCAGGUCACUGCCAUGCAAGUCACCAACCAGAAUACCCUUGCCAGGGUUGAUGCAGUGGAACAGGACUGCGAAACCUGGAUCUCCUCAAUGCGUGCAGAGCUUUCCUUCAUGCAUUUAGAUCUUGGCGCCACUGUCACACUCAUGAAUGGUCUGGUUGGCCUGGUGGAGAAGCUUCAGCAGACACAUACUGUUGCCAACUCAUUGUUCCCACCACUGAUUAUAAGCAACUUUGGUGCUACCUCAGCCACCACACAGGUGCAAGUGAUGGGCAUCAGGUACUUGAAUGGUGUGUACAGCCCUUUGGUUGGUACCUCAGCAUCUGCUGCAGGCCCUUCAGCAUCUCACCCUGACAUGCACAGCAACACAUUCACAUCUGGCCAAGUAUCCUUAGUGUCAGCACAUGCCGAUCCUUCAUCUGCUCCUGCUGUAGUUGGACCCCAUUCUGCUGGAACAUCACCUGCUUCAGCCACACAAUCUCUCCCCUGA